AUUCUGCGGAUUCCUCAGCCAAUGUUCCGACGUGCUCUCCUCUCCCUCUCUUCUCUCUUCUCCAACUGUACAUGUUACAAAACCUGACCUGUCUCUUUCCUUUUCUUUUGUCAAAAACCCAACACCUAACCGUUUUGGUGAGUGCUGUAGUGAAGGGGCAUCACACAGUGUCUUUUCUUUGACCUUUUGGUUUCCAAUGGGAACUGGAUUUCCACACUUUCACUUUCCAUACUCCUCCUAUUGAGCACUAUAAUAGCACCAACCAACUUGUUCAAAAGGACUACAAGGUGGUCCUUCUUCCUUUACUUUCAUUCAUGGGAAAGGUCACAACUUCUGCAACCCAGCCUGUAUCUCAAGAAGCUUCCAAUUAUGAUGAGGUUUUUAUGCAGCAGAGCUUGCUCUUUGAUGAUAGUCUGAAGGAUUUGAAGAAUCUGAGAGCACAAUUAUAUUCAGCAGCUGAAUAUUUUGAACUCUCAUACUCCAACGAUGACCAAAAACAAGUAGUGGUAGAAACAUUGAAGGAUUAUGCCAUCAAAGCUCUUGUAAAUACAGUGGACCAUUUAGGUUCUGUGACCUACAAAGUAAAUGAUUUGUUGGAUGAGAAAGUCGUUGAAGUUUCUGUAGCAGAACUACGGGUGUCUUGUAUUGAACAGAGAAUAAAAACGUGCCAUGAGUAUAUGGAUCAUGAGGGACGUACCCAACAGUCAUUGGUGAUCAGUACUCCAAAAUAUCAUAAGCGUUAUAUCUUGCCAGUUGGGGAGACCAUGCAUGGUGCCAACCGCACAAAGUCAAAACAUGUGGGGUACAACCUAGAUGACGAAGAUGAAUGGCCUAACUUUAGGAAUGCUGUUCGAGCUACUAUCAGAGAAACACCACCAUCUACAGCAAGAAGAGGGCGCUCCCCAUCACCAUCUUUACAACCUCAGAGAUCUGGAGCUUUUUCAUUCACUUCGACCAUGCCUAAAAAAGAUUUAGAGAGGCGAUCGGUUUCACCAUACCGGUUCCCCCUUCUACGCACUGGAUCUCGGUCAUCAAGUAGGCCUACAACACCUAAAAUAAGCAGACCAACCACUCCAAAUCCAAGCAGACCCACCACACCAAAUCCUUCUAAUGCAACACAAAGGUACCCUUCAGAGCCGCGCAAAUCAUCUUCAAUGCGAUUAUCCGCAGAAAGAGACCAUGGCAAAGAACUAGAACAAUACCCCAGUAAGAGUAAACGUCUCCUGAAGGCCUUACUAAGCCGGCGCAAGUCUAAGAAGGAUGACAUGCUAUACACAUACUUGGACGAGUACUGAUACUAUAAAACCUAUAGAAAGCAAGGGAAACAAGUCAAUUUUGCUUGCUAGUUUGAUAGGUUGCACUUUGUCAUUUAAAAUGAACGUUUAUACGGUAAUUUUCUUUUAUCUGUAUUUUAAAUUAAGUGUAACUAAGCACACAAAAUUAUGAUGUGUGAUAAUGUAAUAGUUCAAGCUUUAUUUUCAAGAUGAAUGUUAUAUAAUCGAGUAAAUUUGGCUUCAUUU